UCCUCCUGACUGAUCAUGAAUACUAUUAAAGCCAUUAAAAACGCUGUGGUGUGUUUAGUGCUGCUGCCCCGUUUUCUGGUGGCAGCUGUCAUGUUCUGGCUGCUGGACUUUCUGUGCAUAAGGAAGCGGGUUUUCUUCAGGAUGAGGGAGCAGGAGGGCGAUGCUAUUGAUCCUCCUCUGUGCAUAUCGGACUCCAACCGCCUCUUCAGCCUGGAGUCCCUCAAGGCAGUCUGGCACGGCCACAAACUGGACUUUCUGAAAGCGGCGCACCUCGGACACGGAGCGCCCAACACCGAAGUAGUUCAGCUGGAGGAUCAGCGGCGCAGCCGGAUCCUCGACUACGCAAAGGACCAGAGACCGCUCAUCCUCAACUUUGGCAGCUGCACCUGACCACCGUUCAUGGCGCGUCUCAAGGCUUUCCAGGGGGUCGUACAGCAGAACGCAGACAUUGCAGACUCUGUAGUUGUGUACAUCGAGGAGGCGCAUCCCUCCGACGGCUGGAUGAGCACCGACGCGCCGUACCAGAUCCCCAAACACCGGUGUCUGGAGGACCGGCUGAGCGCCGCGCAGCUGAUGCGCCUGGAGGUGCCGGGCUGCCUGGUGGUGGUCGACAGCAUGGAAAACUCCUCCAACGCUGCGUACGGAGCUUAUUUUGACAGACUUUAUAUUCUGCAGGAGGGGAAGAUAGUUUACCAGGGAGGCAGAGGACCGGAGGGGUACCGGAUCUCCGAGCUCAGAGACUGGCUGGAUCAAUACAGACACACGCUGGAAGGAUCCAGUGAUCUAGUUAUUCAUGUGUAGGUUCGAUUUUCAUAUUUUUUAGAGCUGCUAUUACAAAAAAAAAGAAAAGAAAAUGCUGCAAUUUUUCAGUAUUAUAACUCCUGUAGGUAGAGUGUCUCCGUCAUUAAUGGUUUCAGUGUAUUUAUUUUUAUAAGGCUGGAUUAAAGUAGAUCAGGACGUCCUGCAGUAGCUCCGUGAUGGACAUCUGGACAUCCAGAAGGUUAGUUUUGUUUGGACCUUGUUUGUUGGUGAACACGAGCACUUUGUGUGUCUAACGUUCUGAUCUUUUUUUAUUUUAUUUUAUUUUUAUUUUCCCUCCUUUCCUCUUUUUUCCCUCCGUGUGUAACAUGCGCCUGUAAUUAACCGUCAGGAUCUUGACAUGUGCGCAGCUGCACUUUGCUCGUCAGUAUUUUUUGUGAAGUUCGGUUUUUAAACGGGAUCAAACCAGAGAACCGGUACUGAUGUUUCUCAUACUGGAGACCACAGUGGAGGUGCUGCUCUCUGCCUUGCGUGGCGCAGACGUUUUGUAAAUAUUCUGUUUUAUGGAUUUCUGUUUCAUUCAAUAAAAUGCUUUCAUCUAC